AUGGGGCAUCUGCAGCUUCGUUUUGCCAGGCCCUGGGCUGCCAAGGGGUGGCGACCGUGUGCCAGGCACUUUCCAGGCACCAGCCCUGCUCUGCUCUGCAGUUCCGGAUGUUCGGGUGCGGCUCCGGGAAAAAAGAGAGACCGCGCGUUGGCAAGGGACCACGUGAAAAUCCAAGAGAUCUCAGUGGCCCACAACAAGCGCGGAUCCCAGCACAGACCUUCAGACAGCCGCAAUCUCGCGGUAGGCGGUGCGCACACCAGACUCAGGCUCGGCGACGAUGGUGGCGUGGAGGUCUGCAUGGGCGUGGCGGAGUCGACCUCCUUGAAGACUUGCCAGACCCUCGUGAAGCUCGUGCUUUCCGGCAACCACCUGGAUCACGUGGGGCCAUCUCACAUAGGCAGCGCCAUCGAACACAGCCGAGUGCUGACGCUUCAGCUCGAGGACAUGGGCUUCACGGCCGACUCCAUGGACGACUUCCUCGACCAGGGUGCUGCGGAGACGCAGGACUUGCAAGAGCUGGUUAUCAACGGUAACCCGAUUGGCGACGAUGCUUGGCCAGCUGGGCACACGUGCGGCGGUUGGGGAGUUGUUUGGUUCACCCUGUCUGGUUCCCACUCGCAAAGGGGCAGAAACAACAAACCCACCAACCCUAAACCCUAA